CAUUCAUGAUUCAAUUGUUCAUGAGGGUGACGUUGAUGGUUUGGAGAGAGAGUCGAUUAUGUUGAGAGCUUCCGAAAAGGCGCGUAAACCUCGCGUUCAUAUCUUUGAUGGACCUUCUAACGAAGAUAUGCCCUUUUUUAUGGAAGAAAUAAGGAAAAUAAAGCUAGCAGAACUUUCUUUUAUGAAAGGUGAAGAGGAACUAGUAACCUUGGGGUUACAAGAAGCCUCACAGUCUCAACAGUUGAACCAGUGGGAUGUGACACAGUUGGAGCAAGAAGAAAGAGAAAUACAGCGUUUGAAAGAAGAAAUACAAAGACUUCAAGUUACGAAGAAGGAACUGUUUCAGAAACUAAAGGAAGUCUUGGUUCAAGAAAAGCGUGAGAAGAGUGAAAGCUUCCAUUGACUGUUGACUAUUUUUGAGUGUUUGUGAAGAACUUGUGAUAUUUGAGAGAUAUAUACAAGAGUGGGUGGUUGAGCUGAAAGAGUCAGUAACUCAACAAUAGUUUCUGUUUAAUUGGAGUAGGUGGACCAAACAAAGAGGAGAAUUGUCUUUUGUAUGAAAAAAAUUGUCCAAGUAUAUAUAUAUAUAUAUAUAUAGAUAUAUAUAUAUAUAUAUAGAGAGAGAGAUAGGAAUUGCUAGGUUCGAGUUAAUUUG